AAAAAAACGCUCGCUCUAGGAUGUUGUUUACACUUUUCAGCCACCUAAUGAUGGCGGUCGCAGUGUCGCCUUUAACGUCUGAAAAAUCUCAAUCCUUUGCUCAUCAGCAGCUUAGACUGUUAUUAGACAACAGCAACGCUCUAAGUCACUUGAAAGUCGGCAACGCAAGUGAUAAGAUGUCGCUAGAGGAUUUCGAACAGUACCUUGGAAGUUACAUUGGGAGUGAAGAUCGAGUAGCAAUUUUGCUCGAUUUCGAUGGCACCUUGGCUGAGCUGACAUCGCAUCCGGAUCUCAGUGCAAUGACACCGGAAAUGAGACUAGUUUUGGCUAAUUUGGCUGCCAGUAAGAAGGUAUUUUUGUCGAUCAUCUCGGGCCGACAUGUAGAUGGAUUGAAGGCAAAAGUUGGAAUCGAUAACAUCAUCUACUCAGGAAACCACGGCCUCGAAGUGCUCUAUCAGAACGGAUCCAGACACAAUCAGGGAAUUUCCAAAGAACUGGCAGACAAUUUCAGCAAAAUGGUCAAUCAGCUGACAACCGAGCUCGCUCACGACGGUGCCUGGGUGGAAAAUAAAAAUGUUUCUCUUACGUUCCAUCAUCGAGCGGUCGAUCCUAGCUUGGUUCCUGAACUGGAUGCCCGGGCCAAGCAAAUCAUCGAAUCCUACGGGUAUCGAGCGAAUUCAGCCCACGCGGCCGUUGAAGCAAAACCUCCCAUCGACUGGAAUAAAGGAUUUGCUGCAGAGUACAUUCUGAGAACAAGCUUCGAUCCCGAUUGGAAAAAUCGAAAGGUGAUCUUUGCCGGGGACGAUACAACGGAUGAGGACGCGAUGAAAGCCAUCAAAGGAUACGGACGCUCUUUCCGGAUAACCAAGGAUCCCAAUCUAAAAACUUACGCAGAUUACAAAAUUCCAUCGGUGACAUCAAUCUAUCAUAUGCUGAAAUGGAUUGAAAAUAAACUGCUAAAGUCGUGAGUAGACUCGGUCUUAUCAAGAAUAGUUUAAGUUUUUCUAGGGCAUGAUGUCAUUAGAAAUUUCAAAAUACGACAAUAAAGAUAAGGUUUCCAUAUUUUAUAA